GAAGUGGCAAGUGGUCCCAGCGCCGCGACCCCACCCCGGCAAAACGGCGACGGCCAGCCCCGCGCCGGCGUUGAUGUCGCCGUCGUCGCCCUCAUGGAGGCUGUCGGCCCUCUCUCUCCUGCUCCUCCUCCUCCUCCUCACCCCGGCGUCAUCUGCGGCGGCGGCGGAGGAGUUCACGGAGGAGCUGCUCCUGCGGCCGCUCCCCGACCGCAAGGCGCUGGCCCACUUCCAAUUCCGCUCCUCCAAGCCUCCCACCGCCGCCUCCGGCCGCCACCACCACCUCUUCCCCAAGGCCAUCUCCCAGCUGGUUUUUCCAUGGUAUGUUAAGGUCUUCUAUCACAGCCUACAAAUUUUCAUUGAUGGGAGCAGCAAGGCUGUAUCAGAAGUACUUGACAUGAUCCAUGUCACUCCUUCAGAAGACAAACUUUCGCCUGGAACUCUGGAGAUGCUGCUAAGAUUUCCUUGCGGCAUGCAAUCAGCUACCUUGAUGUUGGACUUUGACAAGGGGUUCCUACACAUAGACGAAUAUCCUCCUGAUGCUAAUCAAGGAUUUGAUAUUCCAUCAGCUUUGGUUAGCUUUCCUGACUUUAAUUCUAGCCGAAGAUACCCCGAAAUGGACCCAAUGUUUGUAUCACCUUUGUUAGAAAAUUUUAAGGAAGAUAAUGUUGUGAAAUCAUACACAGAAGUGCUGCUUGUUCCCUUGACAACUCCUGAUUUCAGCAUGCCGUAUAAUGUUAUCACCUUCGCUUGCACUGUCUUAGCUCUUUAUUUCGGCUCACUACUUAAUGCUUUGAGACGAAGAAUUGGUGAAGAAGAGUGCAGAUUGAGAAAAGCAGCCGUGAAGCCUGCACUCAUUCCUCUGUUGCUAGCUAGGCUAAGGGGUCACAAGGUCGACCCAUCAGAGUCAGAAUCCUCUCCUGCAUCUCCAGUAGGGUUAAAGCUACUAGUCAAGGUUGCACUUGUUGCGGCAGUAGCUGUUGUGUUUCACUAUCUGUCAAACAGUUGAGAACACUUUUGAGCUAGUUAGUUAUAGAGCACGGUGAUAUAUUUUUGUUGAUCUUCUGUAGCUUAGAGGUGCUUGCGUCUGGGUCAUCUUUUUUAUUUCAUUAUGGAUGCUUAACUGUCCUCUCACUGCAGCUUGUACAUCAUUUUUUUUACAAUAACAUGUACAAAUAUUAGCUAGCAAA